GACAUGAUAAAAGUUAUUGUUUUCGUCUUGCAGUCUUGCAUUAGGCUCUCUAACCUUCAAUGCCCUGAUCUUCGACCUGAGGUUCCACUUCCAAGAGCGUUUAAUCACCAGGAGAAAAGUGCGAACUUGUCCCCAGAGCUAUUCGAGGGUUGCUGCAUUCUUCUACGAGUUGCUGCCACUUUAUGACAGUAUUCUUAUUGUGGGUUUUGUAGAGUUUAAGAAGCAUAUGAAUGGCUUGGAGAGCAGCUCGAAAAACGUGUGUUCAUGUUGGUCUGAUUAGAGCUUGGACUACACCAUCACUGUGGCGUGCAGUGGGGUUAACUUCUAAAUGUAAUAUUGAGGUUACAGUGAAAUCAUUUUCUUCUCCAGUUAGAGGCAUACCUGAGUUUUCUUUCAGCUCAUUUUUACGAGGUCAUCACAUUUUCUCUACUUAUAAAUCCUUAAUACGGUGUUUUUAUGCCACUCCACAACUGUCGGCUAGAAGAAGAAAUAAUGAUGAGCCUGUUGGUUUGAAGAUCCAAACUAAAGGAAAAUUUAAGGAUAAGAAUAGAAACAGGACCCAACCGCCUGUUGAAGCUCCAUAUGUGGCUCCUAAACUGAAAAGGAAUACCAAGUCUUCGCUAGAUAAAACAGUGGACAUAUUUGAAGGCAUGACAGUUGUUGAGCUUGCGAAGCGCACUGGUCAGUCCAUUGCCACCCUGCAGGAUAUUCUUGUCAAUGUUGGGGAAAAGGCUCGUUCAGAAUUUGAUCCCCUCAGCAUUGAUGUUGCAGAGCUGGUUGGAAUGGAAGUUGGGGUCAACGUCAGGAGGCAACACUCCAGUGAAGGUGCAGAAAUUCUUCCACGUCCUCCUGUUGUGACUGUCAUGGGGCAUGUUGACCAUGGUAAAACUUCACUUUUAGAUGCAUUGCGUCAAACAUCAGUGGCGGCUAAGGAAGCUGGAGGGAUAACUCAGCAUCUGGGUGCUUUUAUUGUUGGCAUGCCAUCGGGAUCAUCAAUCACAUUCCUUGACACUCCUGGUCAUGCAGCAUUUAGUGCAAUGAGGGCAAGAGGUGCUGCAGUAACUGAUAUAGUUGUGCUUGUCGUAGCUGCUGAUGACGGGGUGAUGCCUCAAACUCUUGAAGCCAUAUACCAUGCUAAAGCAGCUAAUGUACCAGUUGUAGUUGCUAUAAAUAAAUGUGACAAACCGGCAGCCAAUCCAGAGAGAGUUAAAAUCCAGCUUGCAUCAGAGGGCUUGCAGCUGGAGGAGAUGGGUGGGGAUGUUCAGGUUGUUGAAGUUUCAGCUGUUAAAAAAACUGGAUUAGAUGACUUGGAAGAGGCUUUACUUCUUCAGGCAGAGAUUAUGGACCUAAAAGCACGUGUUGAUGGCCCUGCUCAAGCUUAUGUGGUAGAGGCUAGGCUUGACAAAGGACGUGGUCCAUUGGCUACUGCAAUAGUGAAAACAGGGACUUUGGUUUGUGGGCAGCAUGUGGUUGUGGGUUCGGAGUGGGGAAAAAUAAGGGCUAUUAGGGAUAUGGUAGGGAAACUGACUGAUCGAGCUAAACCUGCAAUGCCAGUUGAGAUUGAGGGGCUUAAGGGGCUUCCUAUGGCUGGUGAUGAUAUUGUCGUUGUGGAAUCAGAGGAGCGAGCUAGGAUGCUUAGUGCAGGGAGGAAAAGGAAAUUUGAGAAAGAUAGACUUAUACAGAUGAUUGAUGAAAGGCCAGAAACCAUAGAAGUAACAGAUGACAUACCUGUGCCUGAGAGGGUUGAAAUGCCAAUAAUUGUAAAAGCAGAUGUGCAGGGAACUGUUCAGGCUGUCACAGAUGCACUAAAGACUUUAAAUAGUCCCCAGGUUUUUGUGAAUGUAGUGCAUGUUGGUGUUGGGUCUAUUUCUCAGUCUGAUGUGGACUUGGCACAAGCUUGUGGUGCAUGCAUUGUUGGAUUCAAUGUGAAGACUCCACCUAGUGCUGUCACUAUGGCUGCAACUCAAGCCAGGAUAAAGAUAAUGCAACAUCGUGUGAUCUAUCACCUUUUGGAGGAAGUCGGCAACUUAAUAGUGGACAAGGCCCCUGGAACUUCUGAGACCAAGGUAGCUGGGGAAGCUGAAGUGCUGAGUAUUUUUGAGCUUAAAGGGAGGAGCAAGUCUGUAGGAGGUGAUAUGAAGAUUGCUGGCUGCAGGGUGAUAGAUGGCCAAGUUACCAGAACAGCAAUCAUGAGGCUUCUAAGGAGUGGGGAUGUUGUUUUUGAAGGAUCUUGCACAUCUCUCAAGCGGGAGAAGCAGGAUGUGGAAAGAGUAGGCAAAGGAAAUGAAUGUGGACUUAUGCUCGGCGAUUGUGAUGAUUUCCGGGUGGGAGACGUCAUCCAAUGUUUAGAGCAAGUAGUUAGGAAACCAAAGUUCAUUUCAUCAGAAAGUGGUGCUGUUCGAAUUGAGUGCUGAUAAUGCUGUUUUUUCCUGUAUUUUUCUCCUUUACACAGAAGCUGGGCAGUUGCAUUGCUCAUCUAGCUGCAAUUCCAAACAGAGCGACUCUCACAAGGGACUUGAUCGUGUUCUGCUCAAUUUUGUGAAUUCUGAUUCAGUUGAGAAUUGAUAAUAGAUUUUGUUGUACGUUUGAGGAAAUUGCUACUUAUUUAACCAAAACAGCAGAGAAAAUAGGGGUAAUAUUACAUUAGACUUCAUUCUUUCUACAGCAUAAGGUUAACAGAGCUUAGUUUUGAA